GUGCCGCCAGUCGAACGCACCGCAAUCGGUGGAACGCGCAGCGCACGCGCACUCUCGUAACUCGCAAAGUCAAAGAACCAUCCGAAAUCCCAAGUGAUAAUGUGCAGUUGAGAAACCAGAAAGAACGAUCCUUGAAACACACGCGUAGAGACACCCAACCAUGGUCAUGGAGAUGUCCAAGACGUAUCAGUACCGCAAGGUGAUGAAGCCGCUGUUGGAGCGCAAGCGACGGGCCAGGAUCAACAAGUGUCUGGACGACCUCAAGGACCUGAUGGUGGAGUGCCUGCAGCAGGAGGGCGAGCACGUGACCCGGCUGGAGAAGGCGGACAUCCUGGAGCUGACCGUGGAUCACAUGCGGAAGCUCAAGCAGCGCGGCGGCCUCUCCCUGCAGGGGGUGGUCCCCGGUGGUGGCAGCCCGCCCACCUCGACCAGCACCGCCCACGUGGAGUCCUUUCGCUCCGGCUACGUGCAUGCAGCCGAUCAGAUUACACAGGUCCUGCUGCAGACCCAGCAGACCGAUGAGAUUGGCCGCAAGAUAAUGAAGUUCCUCUCGACGCGCCUAAUUGAGCUGCAGACGCAGUUGCUCCAGCAGCAGCAGCAGCAGCAUCAGCAACAAAUACCGCAGCCAUCGGGGCACUUGGCCUUCCCACUGCUGGGAGGAUAUGGACCGGCGGCCGCCGCUGCCGCCAUUAGCUACAGCUCCUUCCUCACCGGCAAGGACGAGCUGAUCGAUGUGACAUCCGUCGACGGGAACGCGUUAUCCGAGACGGCGUCGGUCAGCUCGCAGGAGUCCGGCGCCUCGGAGCCCGUCUGGAGGCCCUGGUAAUUGGGUCUACGCCUGCCCGAAUCUAGAUCUUAUCCUUACAACAUAAUAAUCGCAAACCCAAAAAUGCAACACGAUCCGUUGUCUUCCAAAGUAAAUCAAAACAACCCAGGAUAAUUGAGGUCGAUGUUUGGCUAAUCGAUUUCUGAAUGCUUUUGAAAUACUUUAGUUUUAGUCCCGAUAAUGGUAAUUUGUAAAUUGUUUGUUUAAUUUCAAACUGUGAUAUAACUAAAGUACGAUCAAUCAGUGAAUAGGCAUAUAUAUCUACUCGAGUGCGCUAUUUUCCUACUGCAAACGCUUCCUAAGUUCAUUAGCUCGUGGCGCUCUCUUCAUUGCUUAGAUACCUUAUGUUAAGCUUUAAAUAGUCUAUAAAUGUUAAUUUAUGGUUAGUUGAGAACGAGAAAUCAAAAACAGACUACCCAAAUAAAAUAAAUCAAUAGAAUUGCA